CGCUCCUUUCUGCUUGGUUGUUUAUGUUGUUUAGAACUUGGUGCAGAGAAAGCUGAGAGGAAGGGUUUCGUCCUGUAAAAAUCCGUUUCCAUCGAGGUCGAUUGAAUAUCGACGGCCGUCCUCUAUCUCUUGAUAUUUUUUUAAAGGUCCAGGGACAAUGGCGGCUCAGGAUGGAAAACUUUCGACGACGGAAAGAGUACUUAAAAAUGUCCCUACACCGCCAGUGCAUCGGCUCACAUUGAAAGAUGUUUUCGAUUCCAACGGAAAACCCCGACCAGAUGUACUAAAAGCUCACUUUAUUCUUGAGGGAAGAGUAGAGGAAGAAGUAGCUCUGAGAAUUAUAAACGAAGGAACCGAACUUUUACGCAAAGAAAAGAAUAUGUUAGAAGUGGAUGCACCUAUUACAGUAUGUGGCGAUAUUCACGGCCAAUUUUACGACUUAGUAAAACUGUUUGAGGUUGGUGGCUCCCCUCAAACUACGAGGUACCUUUUUCUUGGAGACUACGUAGACAGAGGAUAUUUCUCGAUCGAGUGUGUUUUGUAUUUAUGGGCAUUGAAACUCCUCUACAGCAACACUUUAUUCCUUCUACGAGGCAACCACGAAUGCAGACAUCUAACAGAAUAUUUCACCUUUAAAACCGAAUGCAAAAUCAAGUACUCAGAGGCUGUUUACGAUGCUUGUAUGGAUUCUUUCGACUGCCUACCGCUGGCAGCUCUGAUGAACCAACAAUUCCUUUGUGUACAUGGAGGCCUUUCGCCUGAGAUCCACACCUUAGAUGAUAUUAAAAAGCUUGACCGUAUAAAGGAACCUCCUGCAUUUGGGCCAAUGUGUGACCUUCUUUGGUCGGACCCGUUGGAAGAUUAUGGAAACGAGAAGACAUCUGAGCACUUCAGUCAUAAUACUGUUAGAGGGUGCUCYUACUUUUACAGCUACCCCGCAACAUGUGAAUUCCUUCAAAACAACAAUCUGUUGUCUGUCAUUAGAGCUCAYGAAGCACAAGAUGCUGGGUAUCGCAUGUACAGGAAAAGUCAAGCCACUGGCUUUCCAUCGCUUAUUACAAUUUUUUCAGCACCCAACUACCUCGAUGUGUAUAAUAACAAAGCUGCGGUUCUGAAAUAUGAAAACAAUGUAAUGAACAUAAGACAGUUUAACUGCUCGCCGCAUCCUUAUUGGCUACCAAACUUUAUGGAUGUGUUUUCAUGGUCUUUACCUUUUGUUGGCGAGAAAGUUACUGAAAUGCUUGUCAACAUCCUGAGUAUUUGCACUGACGAAGAAUUAGAAGACGGCGAGGAAGACAUAGACAAGAGCGAAUCAAUCAAAAGAAAAGAAAUCAUMCGAAGCAAGAUACGGGCCAUUGGCAAGAUGGCUAGAGUAUUCACUGUACUCAGGGAAGAGAGUGAAAGCAUUUUACAGCUCAAAGGCUUGACUCCAACAGGUCAUUUACCAGUAGGGUUAUUGUCUGGCGGAAAAACAGAAGUCAAAGCAGCUUUGGCAGGAGUAGAUCCCAAACAUAAAAUUUGUGAUUUUGAAGAAGCCAAAGGUCUUGAUCGUGUCAAUGAACGSAUGCCUCCAAGAAAAGACAUGCCGCCACCUUCUAACUAGUCAUUGUUAUAAUCUUAACCAUUUUCUUAACUUUUAUUUGCCAUUAGGACCUUUUAAUGGUGAAAGAGAAAAAAAGAUUAUUGUAGUAUAUAAGCUGUAAGCUAGCUCAACAGUUAACGAUAUUAUAUUAAUGCCACCAUUGCRAUGGCAGUGAAGACUUGUAGAAUACUUUGAUUGUGCUAUGACAGCGUCAAUCUUGAACUAAUGUGAUGCUGUUAAAACUGGCUAGUGAUAAGUACACACCUAAGUUAUUACCGUGACUUCCAGGAUACGUAUAACUUUCGACAUAGGUGGAAGUGUUACAUGUGUAUGUCACUAUGUGCUGGUCACCAUAGUAACUGAGGACAGUAAAGGCUGUUCACUGCCACCUUAAUUUUUCCUUUUAAAAAUUAUGCCAAAACCUAUUUAUAUGAGUCAGAAGGAAGCAUGACAAGAAGUUGACUUCACUCAUCUGUAUKAUGCUUUUAUUUUGCUUUUGUAUAGUCUCUCUAUGAUUUAAACAACUAUACAAAAUGUUCUCAUUCUUAAAUCUUUUUAGUGCAAGAAUAAUAAUWAUUAUCUAACUAAUUAAUGUCCUUGAGCAGAAGUAUUUCUCUCAGUACUAGAAUCCUGGAAAUGCACUCCUCCUUGUUGGAGGCCAUGAAAUUAUUUUAGCAGUCAUUGUUCCACUUAUUUUCAGUGUUGAAACUUGUCUAGUGUAGGCAGUGAUAACUGCAUUAAUGGGUAAACAAUUAAUCAUCUUCUAGAACAUUGAAWGGGAAUUCUCAUUGCUAAUGAUUACAGACCAUCCAAAUUGCAGUUUAUAAAUAUUACAGACACCAGUAAUGAAAAGACAGUUAAAGGUAUCGAGCUGGGUUAAUGGAUGAUUUUUAAGGAAUCAUCCAUCAUAAAGAAUCCUUCAAUCUGAUCCUAGSUUUUUCUAGCUUGCCAGUCAUUUGUAUGUAAAUUAUUUUGAUUGACAUUUUUUAUYGCAUUUGCAUCCUACAAAGUAUUCAUACUUGUUGUUCAGAAUGGAUGACCCAUUAAUGCAGAAACCAUUACCUAUAAGCCUAAACAAACUAGUGGACUAUUACAAAUAAUAAAUUCUGAUGGGCUACGUAGGUGUAGAAUGUUAUUAAUGGACCAAGCAAUUAGGGAAAAACAUUAAAACAGUCACUUUUGCCUUA